AUGGGUGAAAUAAGAAGACCAGCUCCAUUGGAGUCGAUUACAUUGCAAAAAAGACACGGCAAUACUCAUUUUGCUAAUAUCAAUUACGGUUAUAUUGUAUUUUUUGUUAGCGUUGCAUAUGUGGUAUUUUUAAUCUUGCUGCGAAGGAUCAUUAAGUCGUACCCUUCUAAUAAGAAUAGGACAUUCUUUGGUGGGCUAUGUAAACGGCUUUACACCAUUGACCCGGCAUUACACUUGUUAAUACUAUUUAUUCCAUUGAUUGCUACGUUUUAUUACCAUUAUUCCAUCUUUUCUCAAACUGCAGUUUACAUUAUGAGACUGGGGAGACUAAGCUAUGUUCUUCUAUCGUUAAAUCUGUUUUUGAAUUUGAGACCCAAUAUCUUUUUUACAGACAAAUAUGUCUAUACAGAUUUUAUCCCAUUUCACAAGUGGUUAUCUAGGCUAAUUGUUAUAUUUGGAUUAUUGCAUGGUGUUUUCUUUGUUAUCAGAUGGGCGAUUAACCCCAAAACCGACUUAGACGCAAAGUUGAGCAAUAAGUAUAACUUUGCCGGCAUUGUUAUUGCUGGAAUCUCAAUAAUUUUAAUUAUCGCCUCUAUGAAUGUUGCAAGACGGUCAGCGUACAACUUGUUCUAUAUUAUACACAAUAUUACAUUAUUUGCAUUUGUUUUCAUCACACCUUAUCAUGCGAGGCCUAGCGUCAAAACUCCCUACCUUUUUGUAAAUAGCGUUUUGAUUGCCGUUCAAGUGAUCAACAAGAUUGUUUUUACUUCUCGAGCUAGUCUUAUAGAAAAAAUUGAAGAUCGUAAAAACACUAAUUUGGUGGUACUUAAAUUCCCUAGAAAGGCACUACCUGAUUUUUUCAACCCAUCAUCCCAUAUUAGACUGAGUGCAUACAGAAAGCUGAACCCUCUAUAUUGGAUAUUACCUAGCCAUCCAUAUACAUUGGCAACUCUACCUUCCGAUGAAAUCGUGGAAUUAAUUGUCAAUGAACAUACUGUACCUCAAUUUAAUACAUCAUCUUUUGUUGUCGAAUUGGGCUAUAGCUAUACCAUCCAGAACCCACAUAACCCCUCAGUACCUGACGUGUGCUUACAAAAUGCGAACCGAAUUGCCAUAGUUUGUGGGGGUUCCGGUAUUGCCUUUGGACUGCCUUUAUUCCGUUUUUUUAAGUCUAUGAAAAAUAUCUCAUACCUUCGACUAGUCUGGUUGACCAAAAACAGCAGCCAGUUGAGCAUAAUAACUAAGUCAGAUUCUUUUCGCGCUUUAAUAAGCGAAGAUGGUAAAAUAGAUAAUUUAGACAUAUACUUGACUAAUAAAACAACUGCACCGACUUCGUCUGGUACUGAAGAAACUGAAAAUGACAUAGAAUUGGAGGAUUUCGAAUUGAAUACUACGGAGGAUUUAACCGAGUACAAAAAACUAUGUAACAUAACUGAGGGUGAAAGGAUGGAUUGGACAACAGAGUUAUCCUCACUAGUCGAAGAAGAUACAUCAAAAACCUGGCUGCUAGCCUGUGGCCCUGAAGGUUUAGUUACCGACGGUAAAUCUUAUGCCAAUGCUAAUGGUAUCCACUUUGCUUCCGAAGUUUACACCCUUUAA